AGAUAAGUUGAAUAAGAUCCAAAACCCUAAUCCGUCCCCCUCUUCUCGCACUCGCGCGCCUUUCCCAUUCGCGCCGCCGCCGCCGCCGCUGCAAGCGCCAGCUCGCCGUCGUCCGAGCCAAACACCCCAACGCCGCCAUGGGGCGUAUGCACAGCCGCGGGAAGGGUAUCUCGUCGUCGGCGCUGCCGUACAAGAGGACGCCGCCGACCUGGCUCAAGACCGCCGCCUCCGACGUGGAGGAGAUGAUCACUAAGGCGGCGAAGAAGGGUCAGAUGCCGUCGCAGAUCGGCGUCCUGCUCCGUGACCAGCACGGUAUCCCCCUUGUCAAGAGCGUCACGGGCAGCAAGAUCCUCCGCAUCCUCAAGGCCCAUGGGCUGGCGCCAGAAAUCCCGGAGGACCUCUACUUCCUCAUCAAGAAGGCGGUGGCGAUAAGGAAGCACCUUGAGAGGAACAGGAAGGACAAAGACUCCAAAUUCAGGCUCAUUCUUGUUGAGAGCAGGAUCCACCGCCUUGCCCGCUACUACAAGCGCACAAAGAAGCUUCCACCCACCUGGAAGUAUGAGUCAACCACCGCAAGCACUCUGGUGGCCUAAGUGAGGAGCUCAACAUUAGGUGCUUGAAGCUGGGCUAUUCUUGGAAUCAUUUUUAUGUACCGUUUUAUGAGUUUGGAGUGAACUAGAGAUCUUGAAUGUCCUGUGGAGGAUGCCAUAAACCCUUUUGGUUACAUAGAACUGCCUGUUGUUAACUUUUGCUACUCGGCAUCCAGAUUUUGUCAGCUAUAAUAUGAUCAUUUACAUUACAUGGUUUGCCCCUA